CCGCAACUGGCCACUCCAUCAUAAACUUGUGAUAUGAAAAGCGGACCAUCUGAGAUGACGGAUAUAGUCUAUAUCGAGAACCUCUCGGAGCUACCGAAGUCCAUCAAGGUGCGCCAGAAACGUUGGGCGCCCAAAACCACCACUGGUUGUCGCACAUGUCGCAUACGGAAGAUCAAAUGUGACGAAGAGAAACCAUGUUGUCGUCGAUGCAUGUCGACAGGUCGCAAAUGCGAUGGGUACAGGGAUCCCAAGGCAGUGACACAAGCGCUGAUCCAGGGGAACCCUUCAACAUCGAGCCUUUUGCCGGGUGAUGCGCAGGAGAGAAGUAAUUUCCACUACUUCUACACAGUUACCAUCGGAGACCUAUCCGGCUAUUUCGACACGGGAUUCUGGUCAAGACAGAUUCUAAGGAUCUCACACUCGUACCCGGCCCUGUGGCAUGGGAUGAACGCGUUGGCCUGCAUCCACCGGGAGUACGUCACCGAGGCUUCCGCUCCCAAGGCCAUAGAUCCUCCCCGGGUUCAGUUUGCCCUGAAACAAUUCAACCAUGCUAUCCAGUCCCUGCGUGGACUCCUCUCGGGGCUCUGUUCCACACUAUUGGAUCAGUUGGUGGUAUUGACUACCUGCAUCCUCUUCACCUGCAUUUGCAGCCUCCAGGGCCACAAGAUCCAAGCUUUCGUGCAUAUCAAUAACGGCCUCAAGCUUCUCCACCAAUGGAAGCUGGGCUCGCUCAACCGCAGCCCGAGCUCGGAGGUGGAAAAUGCCGCGGAAAUGCUCCUGAUCAUGUUCACCCGGCUCGAUAGCCAAGUUCGUCCAUACGUUGCGUCUACACAAUCGCUUGUGGCAUGGACGGACGUCGAAAUCGACCGACCGGUACUCUAUCGACCUUUCAAAUCUCUGCUUGAAGCUGAGGUAUGUCUAGAGAUGCUAUAUAAUGGGGUGAUACGGCUUGUCAUGCACAAGGUCUACGCCUCGCCAACGCCGACCGCUGAGACUCUCGACAAGAAACGAAGAUAUCUUCAACAAUUCGCGGAAUGGAAUCGACGGAUAGCCGCCUACUUAGCAGAAAAAGAAGUCCCGGUACAGGCUUUAGACAGCCUUUUCAUUCGAUACAAGUUUGGCGUCGUUUUUCUCUCGGCAGAUUUCUCGAAAGGCGAGCUGGCGCACGACGAUCUGCUGUAUCAGUUUAUGGAAUUGUUGAACAUUGCAGACCGAAUCUUGAAGCGAUCUGGUACCACUCCGUCCGACAAGAUCCCACACCCGUCCUUUCGCUUGGCUACGUCCGUAGUCGAGCCAUUGUACUGGGUAGGAGUAAAAUGCCGGGAGCCAACGGUGCGUCGAGAAGCUGCGCGACUUCUGCAACAGUUUCCCCGGCGAGAGGGCAUCUGCGAGACGAUCUUAGCCGUGCAGGCACUGAAUAAGUUGAUCGAACUUGAGGAAGGAGGCUGUCCGACAGCCUGUAAUGCACCAAACAAGAAAGAGUUGUGCACAACUGGUCGGUGGAUAUGCGAGAAACAUCGGGUUGUCAGUUCUGAGUUCAUCCUGCUCGGCGACCGACAGGUGUGGAUAGUGCUGAAGACAAUGGAUGACCACAUCCUGUCUCGGCCCGGGACAUGUCUCCUAUCAUCCUGCUGUUGACUACCCCGUGAAGAAAUCAUUGCUUCCUUUUUUCGCACUUCCCUUUCUUAUACAUAUUCGUUGUAUGUGCAUAUGGUUCUAUUCUAAAUAGAAUUCG